CGCACAAUUUUCAUCAGCUGAGAUGCUGGCCCAAUCGCUUCGUGCUGUUGAACGCAAGUCUUCGUUGGUUCGAACACUAGUAACUCGCGCCACUCGCGCGAAUGGUGCGUCCGCGCCGAUGAAGCUCAACGUCAAGCAUCUGACUGCGCGCGUGACCGCUUUGGGUGUGCUCGGCAUGGCUUGCGUGUCUUCCUUGAAUGUUGCGCAGUGCCAAGCUGCGGUCACCAGAACACUGAAGAGUGAAAGUGGCAUUGGCGGGGGCAAUGGCAAGAAGGACGACCCAGUGAGUCGCUUGAUUGAUCAAUACGGCGGUUCGAUUGGGCAAGUGUCCUUUGGCGGCGCCGUGGGGUUUUGUGCGGGGAUGGCAGUCAAAUCCAUUGGGAAAAUCGCUGCCGUUGCGAUUGGUGUGGUGUUUGUCGGAGCCCAGGUAAUGGGAAUGCUCUCUUCUGAAUGUGCAUUCCGUACUUUUUUCUAGAUGGCGGAGUCGGCGGGAUACAUUCAAAUCGACUGGAAGAAGGUCGAGAAGGACGCAAUUGCGGCCGUGGACCCCAACGGGGACGGAAAGAUCACCCCCGAUGACUUCAAGAUCUGGUGGAAAAAGUUCUUGGCGUUGUCCAAGCACAACCUUCCUUCGUCGGGUGGUUUCGCCGCUGGCUUUGCAUUGGGUAUCAUGUACGCGUAAAGCAGUAGAGUCGUGAUGAACACGUUCAUAUAUGCCGUGAUCUGUGCA